UGUUCCUUGUUCACAGAAAUUUACUCGCGGUCUAGUGAAGCCAUAUGUAGAAUCUCAGAAAAAGGAGAACAUGAGCAGGAAUCGAUACAAAGGAAUUUAUCCAUACGAUGACUCGAGGGUAAAGAUUAGAAGCAGUUGUGGUUCCGACUACAUAAACGCAAGCUUUAUUGAUGGUUAUAAAAAGCCGAAGCAGUAUAUCGCCACAUUAGGUCCGAUGUUCCAACAAUUAAGAGAUUUAAGCUUAUUUUGGAAAAUGAUUUGGCAACAGAGGGUUGAGAAAAUUGUCAUGGUUACCAACCUCAUUGAGCAGGGAUCUGCUAAAUGCGAGCAGUACUGGCCGAAUCCUGGCACAACUAAGAAGUAUGGUGAUAUAAUGGCGGAGAACCGCUCGGAGGAUGAGUUUGCCGAGUUUACUAGAAGGGCUUUCACAGUAACCAUGGAUACCGACAAAAGGACGUUGCACCAAUUGCACUUCACGUGUUGGCCUGACUAAGCGAUACCAGAUGAUGUAACUGCGAU